AUGGAGGCGAAGGCUGAGAUACCAAGGCAGAGUGACGUCUCUCCCAAGGAGCUGUCCGGGACACAUGUCGACACGGCCCAACAGGGGGCUGCCGAGUUUGACGACAGGGAACUCGGUGAACAUGGAGCUGAUCAUCAUGAUGGGCACCACGACGCUGAGCCAACUGGCGCGCGGAAGGAGGGGAGCGCUAGGGCUGCCGAGUUUGACGACAGGGAGCUGGAUGAAGCUGAGGCCAAGGAGUUGGAGGGGCAUUCAGAGGCCAGUGAUGCCCCGCCGCCUCGCCGCCUCUCCGUGGGGUCUGUGCUCAAUGCCAUUGAGGAAAAGGAAAAGGAGCUGAAGGAGCUGGAGGCACGCGAGAACUCCGUUGAGGUGCAGCUGCAGGUGUACAGCGAAGUAAUUGGCCUGCGCAAGGAGCUUCAGGUUGUCAAGAAGGAAACGGAGCGGAUGAGGCGGCAGCUUGCUGAUGUCGAUGAGCUGGUAGCGAAGUA